CCCUCCCUCACAACCACCACUGUCAACGCCCUUUCCGCCGGGCUGACGUCCAGCGCAGACUUGUAAAAACUCAAGGCAAACUCAUCACGCUCUUUGCACCUCUUCCGCCAUGUUACGACUUGCACUCCUUACGUCUCUCCUUGCGACUUCUGCGUUCGCCGCGUCCGCAGAUGAAUGGCGCAACCGCACGAUCUACCAGGUGAUCACCGAUCGUUUCGCCACCUCCGAUGGCUCCAGCCCCUCCUGCGACACAUCCCAGCGACAAUACUGUGGCGGUACCUGGAAGGGCCUUGUCGGCAAGCUCGACUACAUCCAGAACAUGGGCUUUGACGCCGUCUGGAUUUCGCCCGUAGUCGCGAACGUCGAAGGGAACACCACCUAUGGCGAGGCUUUCCACGGGUACUGGACCCAGGACAUCAACUCGCUGAACUCCCAUUUCGGCACUGCCGAUGACCUCAAGUCGCUGAGCACUGCCCUGCACAACCGCGGCAUGUACCUCAUGGUCGAUGUCGUCGUCAACCACAUGGUCGGAACCGCGGAUCCUCCCAAUUUCUCGGCCUUCCAGCCGUUCUCCUCGCAGUCCGACUUCCACAGCGAAUGCUUCGUCUCCAACUACGACAACCAGACCGAGGUCGAGCAGUGCUGGCUAGGCGACAAGAACGUCCCGCUGGUUGACAUCAACACCGAGGACAACGACGUUGUUACUACAAUGAACAACUGGAUUUCGACCCUUGUCAGCAACUACAGCGUGGACGGUGUCCGCAUCGACACGGUCAAGCACGUCCGGAAGGACUUCUGGCCGGACUUUGCCAAGUCCGCCGGCGUCUUCACGAUCGGCGAGGUUCUGAACAACGAGACGAGCUAUGUUUCAGCAUACACUCAGGUCAUCGACGCUGUUCUUGACUACCCGUCCUGGUUCCCGCUUGUUGCCGCUUUCCAGACCUCGAACGGCAACCUCUCGGCGUUGGCAGCCACUGUGCAGCAGGCCCAGAGUUCGUACAAGGACGGCGAGUUCAUGACUGGCGCGUUCCUCGAGAACCACGAUCAGCCCCGGUUCCAGUCGCUUACCCAGGACAGUGCAUUGAUCAAGAACGCCAUGACUUGGCCGUUUGUGCAAGACGCGAUCCCGAUCUUGUACUACGGUCAAGAGCAAUCCUACGCUGGAGGCGCCGAUCCUGCCAACCGCGAAGCUCUCUGGUUGUCUGGCUAUGUUGAAGACAAGCCCCUCGUGACCCACGUCAAGACGCUGAAUGCCGCUCGCAAGGCCGCGAUCGCCGCGAACAGCUCCUUCCUGACCACUGCGGUGAAGUUCCCGUCGUCGGGCUCGGAUUCCACCAUGGCCAUCCUGAAGCCGCCCAUGCUCGCACUGCUUUCCAACGGCGGAAGUUCAUCGACGCCGAAAUGGACCGUGUCUGAUGCGGGCUUCCAGGCCAACGAGGAGCUCGUAGAUGUCCUCACUUGCACCAAGAUGAAUGCAGAUAGCAACGGCGGUGUCACCGUCCAAGGAUCUGGAGGCAGCCCGCAGGUCCUCAUCCCGACUUCCGCGCUGAGCACCGCCGGCACCACGUGCUCGAGCCUGGCGACUGUCACCCAAACGUCUUCUGCCCGUGGAUGGGUCGAUGGUGCAGCGGAUUCUCUUCCGGUGCUUGCCGCGCUCGUCCUGGCCGUCUGGGCUGCCCAGUCGAGCCUCGUGUUGUAAACCGACGACACACUUGUCUUAUAGCCUCGGACUCGCAUGGACGUUCGCGCCUGCGGUAGCACAGGCUUGCACACACUACUUACACUAACAUACUAGAUCUAUAGACUGUACCAGAGUAUUAUAGAACGGACACCUAUUCGGGGCCGCUGGCGCCCAUUUACUAGACUC